UGUUGCCCUCGUCACAUGACGAGAGUGAUCGCCGCCUUUAUCAAGAUGGCGGCGAUCGCAUGCUGAGGCUGCAUUUUGAAAAUAUCUUUAUUGUUCUGAGAAAUUUGUCCACGGAGAGGGUAUCAAUAAAGAGCUGACUGAUUUGAAUCAGAAAAAAGGAAUACAUCAUGGAGCUUCCAAAUUAUAGCCGACAGCUUAUGCAACAGCUGCACGCUUUGAGGAAAGAAGGACAAUUCUGUGACUGCACAAUUUUAAUUGGCAACACUCCUUAUAGAGCCCACAAACUUGUCUUAGCUGCCUCCAGCUUACUGUUCAAGUCAUUACUUGAGAGCUCGGACACAAUUUCAAUCGAUUCUGGCGUUGUCACUUCAGAGGAGUUUGUAAACCUGCUGGAGAUGGUCUACACAGGCAAACUGCGCCCGGGGAAGCACAACUUUACUAAAAUCAUUUCUGUUGCUGACAGCCUGCAGAUGUUUGAUGUAGCAGUAAGCUGCAAGAAUAUUAUUAAUGAUCUAAUACAGAAAUCGGUAUCAUACCCUGUGGAGACCACUGUAGAGCCCCGCAACAGAGAAGUUCAGGAGCAAAGCCAGUCUGUCCCACAGAAUCCUGCCGUGAUAUCAUUUUUGAGCAAUAGUGUGGCAGAAGAUUCCAUUUCUCCUCAAGAACAUAUACCCUCAGAUACAGAAGUGCAUGUCCAAGAUGGAGCUAGUGAACAAGCAGUAGCAAUUGUUGUUGAAAAUGCAACUGGUGACCAACCCUCUGAGCAACUUACAGAAAGGGCUACUGAAGAUUCUUCUCCAAGAAGCAAAAGUCAUCCUUCUCCAGUUAAGUUAGAAUGCGACUUGGACAUGCUGGUAAAACACAAAACUGAAAUUGGCAAAGCCUUUUGUGACAUAGAGAAUUUUGUCCAAUUGGUUGAAUCAUGCAAAGAAUUUUCUGCUGUGGAGAAAACGAUUAUUCAAGAUUGCUGUCAGAAUGAAAAUGAAGGCAGUCGUGUUUUUUCCAAUCUCUUGCACAAAGUAAUAGAAGAAAAAACUGUUGAUAUUGACAUUCUGUUUGUUGUUCUAAAUCUUGUACAAAAGACCUGCCCUCAGCUCAGUGACAUCCUUCAAGGGAAAGUAACACAAAGCAAAGGUUUCCAACCAGAUCAGGAAUGUCUUAAUGUUGAAGACCAGCAUGAGGAAGAUGGAGAAGAAAUAUCUAUGAAGACUUUGGCACCUGAAGCAACAGAACAGUCAUCUCUAAAUGAGGUUGGAGAUUCUGAGCCUGAAGAGAAGAACUUAUCUGACUUUCUCAUUAAACACUUGGAUCAGCUUAUACCAUCUUUAACAGACAUGGGCCCAGUCAUUGAAUGCUUGAACACUGCUACUGAGGAGUUUCUGUCUAAGGAUGAGAAAGAGGUGGUUCUAGAAUGCUGCAAAGAUGUGUCCUAUGAACAGGCCAUUAGCAGCCUUUUAAAUAAAGUGAAUGUGGAGAACGCUUUGGACAAGAAAGGCCUUUUGAAGCUGCUAUGUAUGGUGACAAAGGAGUGUCCUGGCCUGCAGGAGCAGCUGAAGCAACUGAAAGAAGAGUGGAUGCAACAAAGAAAGGCAGAAGAGAACUCCCUGGAAGCACUGGGUUCAGACCUUUGGUGGAAGUUCCAUGAGAACAUCUCAGAAAUGCUCACAGAUCCCCAUACCUUCUUUGAAUGCUUCCAAGCAGCAGAAGAUAUUCCUGCAAAGGACAAAGAGUUAAUGAAGAGAGCAUUGGAGAAAGAUCCGGGUGAUUUUGGAAAGGUGAUACCCAUAGUGGUACAGGAGAGCAGAAUUCAAACGCUGUCAUUGUGGAAAAUACUUCUAAGAAUAAGAAGCCAAAUUCCAGCACUAGAUUUGCUAAUAGAAGAAAUGAAAAAGGAACCAGAGGCCGAAAAGCUCAUCAGUGCAGUUUUAUGCAAGGAGAACAAAGCACUGGAAGUCUUGUUGAAGUACAAGGAGUUGAUCACAGAGACUGUCAAUGAUAUUUGUACUCAACUAGAUUCUAAAGGAGAAGGAUCAGAGAGUCUUUCAAAUGAAGUUAUUGAGGCAAUAAAAUGUUUAAAGAAAGAAGAUCCCAAAGAAUCUCUCAAAACUCUUGUUUGCAAAAUACUCGAGGAAAGGUCGAUGUCUGCCCUGUCUUUCUAUAGAAUUGCAUGUGUCCUUAGGGAAUUUUAUCCACAGCUUGUGCCUGUGAUUGAUGAGCUGGAGCAAACAGGCUGUGCUGUAGAACAACCUAAUUCAGCCGAAGAUGAAUGUGAAGCCAAAGAAAGUACGAAUGAGGAGGUUUCAAAUUGGAGGGCCAAAUCGACAGUAAAUAUGAUAGUAAUGGAUGAUGAUAGCAGCACCUCUGUUGUAAAUGAAGAAGCAGAAAGGGUCAGCAGUGAGACUGAGAAGAAUGUCAUUGUGAAGCAUGGAGAUACAUCUGUCAAAGCAAAUUUUUCCUGCAAAUGGUGUAAAAAAAACUUUGAGUUCAAAUGUCGUAUGGAGGUACAUCAGAAACGCUGCCGCUUGGCUAAUUUAACGCCAGCAGAGUGCCCAGAGUGUGGGGAAGUAGUGGCCUCUGCCAAAGCCCUCCAGGUGCACACUACAAAAUUCCACACAGAUAUGCCUAAAAAGAAGAAGCAUUCUUCAGUGGCCUGUGAUAUCUGUGGAAAGACCUUUGCACAUCAGUCAGGUAUGCUAUACCACAAACGUUCUGACCACUAUGACGAAAAGCCUUUCUCCUGUGAAGAAUGUGGAGCAAAGUUUGCUGCCAACUCCACACUUAAGAACCAUAAGAGGCUUCAUACUGGGGAAAGGCCGUUCCUGUGCAAACACUGUGAUAUGUCAUUCACACAGGCUGCUGCCUUGGCGUAUCACACUAAGAAGAAACAUUCUGAAGGCAAAAUGUAUGCAUGCCAGUACUGUGAUGCUGUGUUUGCCCAGUCUAUCGAACUUACUCGCCAUGUCAGGACGCACACUGGAGACAAGCCUUAUGUUUGCAGGGAGUGUGGCAAAGGAUUCAGCCAAGCAAAUGGCCUCUCUGUCCAUCUACGCACAUUCCACAAUAUCGAGGAUCCUUAUGACUGCCAGAAAUGCCGCAUGAGUUUCCCAACCUUGGAAGAGCACAAAAUACACAUUCAGGAGGUCCAUCCUCGGGAGUAUCAUCCAUGUGAACUGUGUGGCAAGAUCUUCAGUGCUGCUUUUUUGUUAGAAAGGCACAUGGUCAUUCAUGUUGGAGGGAAACCAUACAACUGUGAGAUCUGCAACAAAGCUUACCAGCAACUGUCAGGACUCUGGUACCACAACCGCACCCAUCACCCUGCCAUAUUUGCAGCUCAAAACCAUCGCUCUUUGAAGUUCCCGUCUGUUCAGUGUAACUCCUGUGACAAAUCAUUUCCCAGCAUAACUGUUCUCAAUAAGCACAUGAAGACAAGUCACACAGGUUUAAAACCAAUUAAAUGCCUUUACUGUGGAGACACAUUCUUAUACCCUGUUGCCCUGCAGCAGCAUGUCAGCACGCAGCACUGCAGCCAAGAUGGGACAGCCUUUGCUUGUUGUCACUGUGAUAUGCUGUACCCUACCCAGCAAGCACUGGAGGAACACUACCAAAGUCAACACGUGGGGGCAGCACAGCCUGAAACUUCAGCACAUACUCCAGAAAUGGUGAUUCAAACUGAAUCAUCGGAGCAGGUCAUCGCAGUUGAUAAGUCUCAGGUGGCGGCCUCACAAGUCUACGUUGCACUGGCAGACACACAGGGCCAUUCGCCCAGAUCUGAGAUUGUGGCCGUGGCGAUGGAGGAUCUUCUGGAAGGAACAGUCACCCUAAUAUGCAGUGACACUCAAUGAUACCAGUUAAAGGCAAGUGGACUCUGGCAAGUGUAAAAUAGACCUGCAGCCAUGCAUCUUCACCGCCAAUAGUCGUUUAGAUUUUAGGGAAAAUUCACUCCAAUAAAUUCAAGUAAUGUAUAAAUAAAUGACUCCAAUCAAUUGUGAAAUAUUAUCUGAGAGUCUUGUUCCUUACGUGGGGGUGAAAAAUGAUAUACAUGAGAAACAUGGGUGCUCCUUUUUUAAUGGAGUUUGUAGCUAUUUUUGACUGACUGCUGCUUUUCAGACUGUUGGACAAUCUGCCUGCUAGCCCUGUGAACAACCCUGUAGCUUCAGAGAGCUGCUUCAUGAACUACUGAUAUUGAAUCUUCACAACCGUCAGAAAUGUCACUUCAUUGAUGGAGCUUGCAAGUGCAGAAUGGAGGCAUUCACAGCUUUCUGCAGACAUAAUUCUAGAAAAAAAUAUUCUUUCUAGACAUGUCACAUUGUCAAACACAAUGAUGAAGCUGACAGAGCGACUAGCUCAAAAAGAGAUUGGUUGUGCGGAUACGUGUAAAUAUCUUCUUUCCCUCAUCUGUGUACAUGUUGCUUGUAAAUUUAGUUAAAAUAUGUAAAGGUUAUUUCCACGCUGCAGUAUUGCAGAUGAAGGUUCAACAGAAUUAAACAGAAAUGCAUAUCACCUCGUUCUUUUUAAACA